AUCUCUCAACAUUUUUUUUCAGACUUAUAUUCAAUUAGCGCACAUAAAUAUAACGUCGAAAAAUAUGUCAUCCACGGCAUUUACUGCCUCAGUGAAUGUAACAAAAUAUCCAGAUGUACUCUCUUCAAAUGACACUUUUAACUAUGAAUUGGAAUGGCUGAUAUGUGCAGGACUGAGCGCACCUUUGGGACUAUUCUCUUUAUAUGUGGCUAUCACACAAGUUGCAUACUGUGCUCUUAAGUCGGGAAAGACAAAAAAGAGCUCGGAGAAACGACGAUCAAGCAGCACAGGAUCGAAUAGUCACAGUGGCAAAGCAAAUGUACAAGAUAAGCAUGCUUUCAUUCUCAAUGCUAUGUGUGCUAUUGGCGCUAUUUGCGCAUUUUUGCGUGCUGGUGUCGAUUUUCGCCUUAUUUUUGGCAACAAUACUGAUCUCGGGUGUGACUUGUCCAUUAAAUUCAAGUUAGCGGCUUAUGCUCUUUCGCUGAUUGCGGUAUAUCUGGUAUUAUGGCUCCGUCAACGAACCUUCUACCAGCAUCCAAGAUUGAAGCAUCUCAGUUCAAAACUUAUCAGGGUUAUAAGCUGGACAAUGUGUAUUCUUAUUGUCACUGGAAUGGGAUCAACGGCAAUUCUAUUCUUCGCAGUUGGGCGGUACGUGGGCGUGCCAAACGGAUGCGUCGUCCAGAAAAGCAAGCUUACGUCAAUACGUUGGAUUAUUCUUAUAGGAUGCACCACAUUUUUUCAGAUAUGUCUUCUCACUCUCUUCGUUUAUCCACUUGUAAAACACAACAUGAGCGUACGUUCCGGUUCUACUGGAGGAGAUAAGAAAAAGAACCCGAUCAUACCCCUCAUACAGAGAGCAACGAUAACAUCUGCUAUAUGUGUUGCGACGGACAUAGCGUUCGCGCUAAUUAUUUUGAUUUUGAAAAGAGAUAUUGUGACUAUGUCAACAUUUAUUUAUGACGUCAACAUUGUUAUUAACGCAAUGUGUAUGAUUUUCUCGUUUCCUGAUUGGAAAGUAAGACUCAUGCCAUGGCGUGUGAAUUCCACUGAAGGACAAUCCACCGAAUUAAGCACAGAUGCGUCGUCGAGGAACCGCACAAGCGAGACAAAUGUGAUAUCUGCUAAUUCAGUUGCAUAGUUACUAAGAAUAAAAACAUUUACCACUGCAAUUGUUUUUCUGACUGUACGUUUGUGUGUAUAUUUUGACUCAUAUGUACAGUAUUCUGUCCAUUUAUUUUCAAAUACACCGCGUGUCUCUUUCUGUGGAGGUGGAGAAUUUGACUGUUCUAGCUGAUAUUUUGAAAACGUUUUAUUCUAUGUAUUCCUUAUUCAAUUUGAUUUUUGUAUUAUAAAAAUAAUAUUUCAUUUGAAAAAAAUAUUUCAAUGUACCACAAUAUGAAUUUCUAGCGUCUCCGGCGAUCUAUACACAGACAGAAAACGCACAAUGAAUAUUCACUUUUUUUUAAAAAAAAACAGCACUAACUUUGCGUGAUUAUCCAAAGUGUGUGUUGGAUUUUUUAGUGUAAAGUUUUUAAUUAACAAACAUAAAUUUUUCUACACGUAUAUAUACACACACAUCUUCAUAUUGUUCGUGUUUUUCAGCGGAUAUGUUGUCACAAUACUUAAUUCUACUACCCUACACAUUGUAGGCAUUUGGCCCGCAAUAACUGUCACA